CAGAAAUCUAUAUAUACGGGGCGCUGAACCUCCUUCGGGUGAUGCUCGCUCAACUCUCAUCCUCAAGCAAUAAUGGAGGCUGAAACUCACGCUUCGCCGGCUUCCAAGCCCAAGACCGUGCUCACAGGCCGGGUUCUCUGGUGUAUUUCCGUUAUCUCCAUGGGGGCAAUCUUCUGGGGAUAUGACAUCGGCGUCAUCAGCACAAUCCUCGUCGCUCCCGGUUUCAAGGCUGCACUCAACAACCCCAGCGCAUCAGAGACCGGUACCAUUACUGCAAUCUUCUACCUAGGCCAGUUCGUCGGCUAUGGCUUCCUCGCUGGCCCCGUCAACAAUCGUCUCGGCCGUCGCUGGGCCGGUGCUGUCGGUGUCGUCAUCCUCUGCAUCGGCGCAGCUCUUCAGGCCGGAGCCAUCCAUCUGGCGAUGAUGAUCGUCGGACGAAUUAUUGCUGGUCUCGGAACGGGAAUAGUUUCCUGCUCUGUACCCCUCUACCUCAGUGAAAUCUCGCCGGCUCACGUACGAGGCGCGUUCGUGGCGACGAACCAGCUCGGGAUUGUCUUCGGUAUCUCCAUGGCCUUCUGGAUUGGUUAUGGGUUCUCAUUCUGGGAUACUGGCUCCGGAGUAGACCUUCAGUGGCGGCUCUCUGUCAUCAUGCAGUUCAUCCCCGCGGUUAUAUUUCUUAUCGGCGUACCUACUCUACCAGAGAGUCCUCGCUGGCUCGUCUCCCAAGAUCGAAUGGAAGACGCUGUCAAGGCACUCACAAAGCUCCGAGGAAAGGACCACCCUGAUGCUAUUCAAGCCGAACUCGACGAGAUCCACGCAAACAUCAUGUGGCAUAAGCAAUACUCGGUCACCUCGACAAAGGUCUUCUUCACUGACAAGGCCCUUUGGGCACGUCUCUGGCGCGCCUGGGCGAUAUCCUUCUUGCAGCAGAUGAGCGGUGCGGGUGGGAUACGCUAUUAUCUUCCGACAAACUUCCGAGCUGCAGGGACGUCGGAAACUUUGAGUCUUCUGGCUUCCGGGCUUGAUGGAACUGUUCAGGUUGGAUGUACCGCAGUCGGUAUCUUUCUCAUUGAUCGGAUUGGGCGGCGACAUGCGUUGGGCGGCGGGGCCAUUAUUAUGGCGUGGUGCCUGUUGAUCAAUGGAGCGCUUCAGCUUGCAUACCCGAAUCAGUCGAAUGCCUCCGCAAAUUACUGCAACAUCUUCUUUAUCUUCUUCUUCACCGUUGGAUACAGCAUUGGCUUUGGCCCCUGUGCCUGGAUUUAUUCAUCCGAGAUAUUCCCCGCGCACGUCCGCUCCAAAGGCCUCGGCAUCUCCGUCACAGGCCAAUCCAUCGGCAGCAUAAUCGUCGGCCAGGUGUGGCCUGUCGCCGUCGAUCGAAUCGGGCCCAGAACGUACUUUAUCUUCAUGGCCUUCAACAUCUUCGCUGCUAUCCUGGUCUACUCUACCUUCCCGGAGACGAAGAAGAAGACGCUCGAGGAGCUAGAUUCGCAGUUUGGCAGUUGUAGCCUGCAUUUCCCUGAAGGUGGUGCAACAAAGGAGGCUGAGCAUGGAGGUAGAGAGCAUGUUGAGCUCGUCGGGGAGAACAAGCGGCACUAA